GGCUGGAGGAGGGACGGGACCAUCAAGAGACAGUGACCUGCCGGAGAGCCAGCCGGAGAGGGCUGUAUGCAGAUCUGUCGGGGUCCAGUCGGAGGCCGACCACCUGGGUCACCUGCGCCCUGUCACGUGCCCAGGGUGGAGCCCCUGCAGGCGCCCCAGCUGCCUCAAGCCAGCGGCGCGGUCCCCGUGGGCGGUGGGAGGCCCCGCUCGGCCGUCGCUGACCCCCGUGAGCUGAGUGCCGCCGAGGGGCUUGGACCUGGAGAGGCGCCCUCAGAGCCCAGCACACAGCGCAGGCACGGUACGUGGCGCCGGACUCACCCGGCCAAUCCGACCCUGGGUGGCAUCGGCAGAGGCCAACCCUGGCCAAUGGCAGAGCGCGGCACACGCUCUCCGCAUCCAGCCAACCCGCGCAGCGGCACGCGGCAACCCCCCCCUGCAGGCCUGCCCAAUCAGCGACAGGGACGGCUUUUACGUCAGUUGGGGUCGGAGCUCUGCAGCAUCAGCUCCGCAGAAAGGCGCUGCGCUCGGCUCAGUCUGCGCUCCUCCCGCGGCAGUGCUGUUCGCGGCCGCACUCUCGCCAGGGCUCGCUCCUCCCGCGGCCGCGCUCUCCUGUCUGCGGCCACACUCCCCUCAGGCCGCCCCUCCCAGGCCUGGGCUGCUCCCGGCCGCCCUUCUCAGGCCGCGCUCUCCUGCUGCCGCGCUCCUCAGGCCCCUCAGCGCCUCGGCGCCCGGGCGGCGUGGGACGGGCGGUCGCCGGCGAGCCGAGCUAUUAGGGUGACAAGCCUUUCCAAAGGCCAGCAGUUGGCGAGAGUUUCCAGGAAGCUGGUCUGGCACCAGGCUGGGAUUGGAGCAACUUUAACGAGUUAACUUCAGAAGGAAGGAAUCAUCAGGGAAGGUUUAAGGUUCAACAAACUUUUUGAAUUAUUUUGCAAAAACUUCUGGCUUUCAAAUAUAAAGGCCUGCUUUGCCACGACUGUUUGAAGCCAGAGAUUGUUUCAGAGGCAACACAGCCUGCACGUUUCCAGUCCAUUCACUCCAGGUAUUUGUCUUAACUCCUCAGGACAGGCUUUGCAAGUGCCAUCCAGUGUCGGGGAAUGCUGGGGUCACCUUACAUGUCUCAUCAAACACCCUCCGCUCAUGUGCCUCUCCCUCCACAAGUCCCCACGGCCAUGUGUGCACACACGCGCACACCUUCCCCAGGCAGGAAGCUGCUCUUUGCCAAGAGCGAAUGGAAUUCAGAUUUCCAGAGGGUGUCCUUGGCCUCCAGCUCCAUAGCGCGCUCUGAAGAAAGGUCCUAGUGUGUGUGGUGGGAGCUGAGAGAGGGGCCUGCAUCCUUGCUCACGUCUAUCUGGGCCGCAAGAAAAACCCACAACUGGCUGCACUCUCCCCAGCCACACCCGGCCUCAGUCACAUUCCUUCCCUCCCGGAGCCCACACUGGGUGGCCCCAGCAAGCCAGCUUUCACAUCUCCCUCCCCCUCAGCAGGGAGACCUACCAGGCCCUCCUGGGGCAGCUGGAAGCCCCUGGAAACGACUGAGGGGCCUCGGGGCUGGGCACCCCACCCAGGGCCCACGCCCACCUGCAGCGCUUACUCCCCAUUGCACGCACCCUGGGGGCUCAGCUCUCUGCGGGGAGCCCCUCUUCAUAGCCAACAUUUACUGUCCUUCUGGUGGCUUGGCUGGGUCUGCUGCAAAGGCGGACACUGCCCUUCCCCACCAGAGGGUCCCCACACACUAGCAAGAAGGAUUGCCCCCCACCACUGCCCCACCUGUCCAGUCCAGGCCUUCUGAGCCCUGAGAUCUGGCAUCCUUGGGAGUUAAACAUUGACGGGCAGAGACCGGCACAGAUCCAGUGAAUGAGACAGUCUGUGAUCAGCCACACGGUGGAUGGGCUUCACGCUUAGCUUCUCUUUGGCCCAGGUCACUGGGGCCUUGCACCUGCAUGGCCAGGUAGCAGCAGGUGCAAAGAGUGAUCCUUUUUCAGGUCAUCAGAGUCAGUGUGGACUGUGACAAGCAGGUGCAUUUAUGGCAUUUCAGGUGCUCAGCCCUCAGGGAGGCCUGGCACCAGGGCAGAGUGUCCACUGCUAAACAAAGGCCAAGCUGCACUCUACCUGGACAGUCCCCUUGUUUGCCUGUGCGACUGCCUCCAGAAGCGGUGGCAGGCUUCUGGUGGGCUGCGUUUCUGCAUGGGGAGAAGGCUGCACUUUGUGGCCUGGGCCUGGAGUCUCUGCUCAGGCUUUUGGCCCUGCUCACAGCUGCUGUGAUCCUCUGUCUGGGUCAGGAACCGGGGGCAUCGCUGCUGCACUAGUCUUGCCCACUGGGGCCGUCCUGGCUGAGAACCAUGAAGUCCUACAUGGCCCAAGAGGCCACCUUCACUGUCCCUUCUGGCCAGCCCAGACCCAGUAUUUCAGUGUUUUUGUAAUGCCCUGACUUUACUAGCCUCUUCUUUCAGGCAUGGCCUGAAGCAGACUCAGCUGGGGACACACUGUUCCCCAUUCCCUGGGGAUGUCCUGGGUGUGGGAGAAGCAAGAUAAGGGGCAGGGUGUGGCCAGGCCCGCAUACAUGCCAUGUUCUCCUCUCCCAGCGAUAGGACAACCAGGCCAUGGUGCUCAGGGAAGGUCCCUGGCUAGCCACCAGGACUGGGGUCACUUGGCCCAUGCCUCAUGAAGGGGACUGGCUAGGCCUAGUUCAGAGUGGAGUGCAGGCCCCACUAGAGGAGACAAGUUUCACUGGGACAGUAAAGGAGCACGGGAUUCAGGAUCAGGAGCCGAGGGCCUGGCCCUGGCUCUGCCAGAGCUGGUGUGUUCUCUGGACACGGUCCUCUCAUCUCUGGCCUCAGGGCUCCCAUCUCCCAGUCUGCCCACCUCCUGACACUUACAGGGUUAUCUUCCACCCUAAACCCAGAGCACGUGGUCUGGCGAAGUCCACUUCUCAGUGCAGGAGACAGGCAGGUGGUAGAGGAGCCCACGGGCACAGGGCUCCUAGGCACUGCCAGGGCCUGUGGGGAAUCACUGGGGAGAACAUCUCUGGGAAGCCCUCUGAGCCCCUGGGGCAGCUCCGCCCCAGCCCCGUUACACACUCCAGCCCAAACGCAAUCAAGCUGGGGGCCAGUUUUCCUGCGAAUGUGUCCAGCCAAGGCCAUCCCAUCCUGUGACUCUAGCCCCCUGCUCCUGCCACGGAUCUUACCCUGCAGCCAGGCCCUCAAGAGUUCCCACCUAGAGCCCACACACUUGGCUGGGGCAUUCAUGGGGCACUUCAAAAAGAAGAGCAGGAAAAAAACAUUCAAGUGAUAAAGUGAUUCAAACUGAUAGAGAGUCAAUUUAAUUUAACAAAUCCUGACACAAACCUAAAGAAAACAUUGAAAAAUAAACCCACCUCUGAAAGACCUAAGGGGCAGGAUUAGGUAGGAAAGGAAAGGUCCCCUUGGGGCAGAGGAUGGCUGCCCCAUUUGGGCCAGUGAGUGGAGGACACUGGGCUAAGCCAGAGGGACAGCAUAGAACACGUUCAAGGACUGUAAGCCCAUGGUCCCGAUAUGACCUGACCCAGCACUUUACGCCCUGGAUGCAGAGAUCAGCUAACAGCAGUGAAGCAGGAGCCAAUGACUGGCUGCCUGGUGCUGUCCACUCCCCUCUCCGGGAGCAGCAGGCCCAGGCCCAUAAUCACAAGUGAGGCUCUAGAGAAGGUCCCCAAGGGAGAG